AUGUACAUUUUAUAUAGCAUGAGCGGCUCGCCUCCUGGACCACAUAAUCAAGUCCUCGACCAAAUGUCCAUCUUACCUCCCGGGGUCGGUUUUCUUGCUCGAAAACUACUCAUUCCUUCCUUAGUCAUUCUCUUGUUCAACGGUGUCGCAACACAUCCCAGUUAUGGCUUUGGUCUCCCGUUCUGGUUGGCUUUCCUGAUAGCGGUCUCUAUCACAAUAGUGGUCAUUGUUGUCAACUUGCUGCUUGUCCGGGUUCGCGAUUCCUGGGAAGCCCACGCGCAUGGGGCCCAGCUGGCUCCCAACGUCACAGGGCUUAAGCUGGGCAAUUCCGAUAUCCUCCGCAAGCUCAUCGCUGCUUCUGAAAACGGCUAUAUCGGUGAAGCUUUCUCAGAACUUAUGGGCUCACUUGGGCCCGUAUUCAAUCUUCGUAUAUUCUGGUCGGACAAACUCUUUACAACUGUUCCCGAGCACAUCCAAAUCAUCUUGGCUACUGAUUUCAGGAACUAUGUAAAAGGUCCUCAAUUCAUCUCCACCAUGGAUUCUGUUCUUGGUAGUGGUGUUUUUAAUUCUGAUGGGGAGAUGUGGUCUUUUCAUCGCUCUAUGACACGCCCAUACUUUUCUCGGGAUCGCAUUCAACAUUUCGAACUUUUUGACGCCCAUACAGACCGCGUUAUUACUCUCAUAAAGAGACGCAUGGUUGAGGGCCAUGCCAUCGAUUUUCAGGAUCUCAUCAGCCGAUUGACCAUGGACUCGGCGACCGCAUUCUUAUUCGGUUCAUCUGUUGACAGCCUUGCUUGCACUCCUCCAUAUCCACACAAUGCGAGCCCACCCUUUCCACUUGUUAUGGAUUCUGCUCGCGCGCGAGACGCUAAUGCUUUCACCGCCGCAUACAAUGAGGCGAUGCACCAAAUCGCCGUCAGACAGCGCAUCGGUCCCAGUUGGCCGUUGUUUGAAAUGUUCAAAGACAAGACAGUGCAGCCGAUGAAGCAGGUUGCGCGAUAUAUCGACCCGCUUAUCCAAGCUGCUAUCGAGAGGAAGAACAAAACACGAAAAACCAAGUGUCAUCCUGACGACACCUGCUUACUUGACGAUCUGCUUGACUCGACACAAGACCACAAAGUGCUCAAAGAUGAGAUCCUUAAUGUUCUUAUAGCGGGUCGAGACACGACCAUGAGCGUUCUUACGAACGUAGUCUACUUUUUAUCCCUCCACCCCGAAGUCAUGCACCGUCUUCGCGAGGAGAUUUUGACCUUCGUUGGUCCUUCAAAUCGGCCGACUUACGAUGUCAUCAAACAACUGAAAUACUUGCGAGCGGUGAUCAAUGAAACCAUGCGACUCUUCCCUCCUGUACCUCAUAAUAUUAGGCAAACCGUCAACUCCACUGUUUGGCCUGCGACGCAAUCCGACGAAAAGCCGUUAUACAUCCCAGCGGGCACGACAAUCCUUUACUCGGUCCUCCUGAUGCAACGGCGACCCGACCUAUGGGGGCCUGAUGCCGACCUAUUUGACCCAGACCGAUUCCUUGACCACCGGGCCAAGCAAUACCUCUCUCAUCCCUUCAGAUUCCUUCCUUUCAAUGCUGGCCCCCGGAUCUGUCUCGGCCAGCAAUUUGCGUAUAAUGAGAUGUCCUUUGUCAUCAUCCGCCUUCUGCAGAAUUUCUCCUCGAUGCACCUCGAUGUCAAUGCCUGCGCACCAGAAGACCGACCACCUAGCGACUGGCAGGGCUGUCCAGGUCGCAAGGGCAUCGAGCAAUUUGUGCCAAGGUCCCAUCUUACCCUCUACAGUAAAGGUGGAUUGUGGGUCCGAAUGGAGCCCACUGACGGGUGCAACUUGCAAUUGUGA